UCGAGAAAAUCAAAGUUACGGAAGAAGCAAAAUAAUCAAAUAUAAAAACGAUUUUAAAGUGACAAAGUAGUAGAACAAAGGAAACCCGGUUGCCGUCUUCCUCGUAGGCAUUUCGCAUCAAAAGGUUAUAGUAGCCCAAUAUCAAAACAGCCUCGCCAUGGAGCCUCCGUCAGCAGGCGGAGGAGUCGCACAUAACAAUAGCACACACAAGUUUCAUCCAUGCGAUGAGGCCGUCAUCGCCACCAAUGACGAUGCCAGCGAUUGUAAACGCGGUGCUGUGCGCCUUGGCUACUGGAAAGAUGACUAUAUUGGGUUCUUUGUGCGCAACCAGGAGCGAAAAGCACCGGAGAUAAAUCGCGGCUAUUUUGCACGCGUCAAGGGCGUUGAGAUGUGCGUGGAGAAAUUUCUGAAGAAAACGUCUGGAAAUUGCCAAAUCAUCAACCUUGGCUGUGGCUUUGAUACCCUCUACUUUCGGUUGCGGGACACACCCCACCAGGUGAAGAAUUUCAUUGAGCUAGAUUUUCCCACAGUGACCGCGCGCAAAUGCUAUACAAUCAAACGCAAUAAGGCGCUGCUAGCCAAAAUCCACGACGAGGAUGGAGAGGUGCGUCUCAGUCCGACAGAUUUGCAUGGUCCCAACUAUCAUUUGAUGGGCGUUGAUCUGCGCAAUCUGGACGAGGUGGACAAUAAGCUGCAGCAGGCCGAAGUGGACUUUACGCUGCCCACCAUAUUUCUAGCGGAAUGUGUGCUGGUCUAUAUCGAGGCUCAAAACUGUCGAAAUCUGCUCAAAUGGAUAGCGCAGAAGUUCCAAGCAGCCGUCUUCGUUAACUAUGAACAGGUGAACAUGAAUGAUCGAUUCGGCGAUGUUAUGCUUAAUAAUCUGCGCAGUCGAGGUUGUAGUUUGGCGGGCGUUGAAUCCUGUCUGUCCCUGGAGACGCAAACCAAUCGGUUUAAGGAUUGUGGUUGGAGCGGAGCACGCGCUUGGGACAUGGUACAGGUGUACGAUAGCAUCUCGUCAUCGGAACGCCAACGCAUUGAGCGCCUCGAAAUGCUGGAUGAGGGCGAGCUGCUGCUACAACUAUUCCAGCACUAUUGCCUCGUUGUUGCCUGGCUUGGAGUUGCCUUCCAGGAUCUAGAUAUUACCGUGGAGGAGCUAAUGUCCUCACUGAACAUUGACUAAAACGCACAGUGCAAAGAAGUGGCUCUUGGCUCCGUCACCAGACAUAUGUAAACAUAAUUCUUUGCGUGCACUUGCUUGGAACCUCUACACAAAUUGUGUUAACAAAUUAAUAUAUUUAAUGUUUAUCACAUACAUACACACACAUAUGCAUAUAGCUACAUGCAAUGUAUAUAAAUGGCAUUGCUUAUUUAACAUCCACUUCCCAUUCUUAAACUAUUAAGU